AUGGUGCCCGAGCUGCUGGAGCUGGAUGAGGCGGCGGGCCUGGCAGGCGCAGGGAGGGUGCCGGAGGCGGGCACCGUCGGCAACAGCUACGUAGACGAUCUGGGCAGCGCCCUGGACAUCCAGGAGGUCAAGGCAGCCACCUUCCUGCACGGCUACUCCGAGCCCGUGCUGCUGGUGCUGCACGAGCCCCGGCCCAGCUGGUCCGGCGCGCUGCGGGACGGCAGGGACACAUGCGUGGCCUCCGCCCUGUCCCUGUCCCUGGCGCGCCGCACCCACGCCUGCAUCUGGUCCGCGCCGGGCUUACCCACCGACGCCCGGGGUCUGGCCGCCGUGCCCUCCGGCGGCGCCCUGGUCCUGUGCCGGGAUGGGGUGGUGUUCCCGCCGGGCAACACGGCCGCCGCCUACGCCCGCGCCCACCUCCAGCCGCACCCGGCGACGCUCGCAACAAUGCUGUCCACCAGCCCGGCCGCACCCGGGCUGGACGUGGAGUGCGACACCGGCGCGCUGGGCUGGCUGACGGCCAGCACUGCAUUCCUCAGUGUGAAGACGGGCCAGCUGGUGAUGCUGCGACUGGAGCGCACCGGCGGCGCCGUAAACUCCAUCACUAUGACGCUGGCCGGCGCCUCUCCGCCAGCCACCUGCCUCGCCUCGGUCGGCCCCUCCCUGCUCUUUCUCGGCUCAGCACUGGGGGAUUCCCUCCUGGUGCGCGCAGAGGCAGCUGCUGCCGCAGCCGACGCCCAUAGUGUAUCAAUGGGCGGUCAGGGCGGCGCCCCCUCCCCGCACAGCAACCCGGAGCUGAGCGGGGGCGAGGACGAGGAGCACAUUCUUGAGCGGGAUGGCGGCGAGGGGCCGGGUGGCGCCGCACAGCCCAUGGAGGUGGACGGCCAGUCCGCAGCGCCGGCCUCCGCCGGCGCGCCCGCCUCGGCCGACGACGAGGAGGACGAGGCCAUGCGGCUGUAUGGGAUGUCCCUGGGCCAGGAAGAUGGGGCAGGGGCGUCCAGGGCGGCGGAGCCCAUGCGCUACGCCCUGUCUGUGCUGGACGCGCUGAUAAACGUGGGCCCCAUCCAUAGCAUCACCAUGGCAGACGUGCCGGGGGAGCGCCCCUUCCUCCUGACGUGCUCCGGCUCUGAGAAGACGGGAGCCCUCUGCAUGAUGCGCCCCAGUGUCACACCCACCGUCAUCACCCGCGUGCCGCUACCAGGCGUCCUUGGCCUGUGGGCCGUGUGGUGUGCCAAGAGCGAGGCGGCAGACGGCAAAGCGCCCGCUUCCGCCCCACAACCCCACCACUCCUACCUCGUCAUGAGUUUCAAGGACGGCACCAAGCUGCUGGCCACCGGCGAUGAGCUCCGUGAGGCGACGGACGUGUGA